AUGCGAGAUCAACAGCGGCUAUCGCAGAUGCUGUACGGAAGUCCGCAUCGAGAGCAGCGCCCCGGCCGCUUCCCCACAUCGAGUCAUGACGCAGACGCCGCCGUGUCCCGGAUGACGGACCACGUGUUCGUCAACGCGGAUUUUUCCGCCAUGCAACUCCUGCCGGAGCGACGGGUCGACUCGCCGAGCCACGACACAGAGGCCGGUGGCGGUGCCGGCAGAUCCGGCACGGGGGUGCACCCACAGCAGCGGGAAAGCCGCAAUGCGGAGUUGGCGGCAGACAUCGGCUGGCACGAUGUUGCCCAUUUCACGUCCCUCUUCCGCAUUGUUCGACCGGUGGCUGGCACAUCGUCGACAGAGGCUGCUCUUCUUCAGCAGGUGCGCAUCGCCACCUCUGAGGAGCGUCGCGUGCGCAUGUUGUUCCACACUCGGCCGCGCAUCCGGCUGAGGGAGCGUCCUCUGAUUGUGACGAACGCGGUGUUCGACCGGCCAGGCUGGGUGCAGCCGCUGUGCCACCCUACUCUCUGGAUACCGUGUGCGCGCAACACCAUCUACUCGAUACCGCUGAGCACAGUGAUGCGGGCGCCAUGGGAACCGGACUUCUUUGCGUCAGCACAGCCAAGCGUUGCGUUCUUGGCUUCCGAGACGUUGGUGCUGCCCGGCGAGCAGCUGCGACGCGACCUCAGCGGGGCUGCCCAUGACGGGCCGCGCGCAUUGGGCUCCCCGUUCACGACCGCCAUGCCGACUGCCCCUGCUUUCUACCACGUACCCCUCACGGCGCUGCCGCUGGCACAGUCAAGUGCGUACGAUCGCCGUGCUGAUAGGGAGCUCCUUCGCCGUAUGAGAGUCUCGUCGUCGUUAAACCCGCUAAGCCGCAUCGGUGAACGCGCGGCGGCGUACUCGCACAGGGAGCUGCUCAUCCCCAGCAUCGAGACGGCCAGCCGACCAAUGCGGUUCGCCCACAACUGCAGCCACCUGCUGUACCGCUGCUUCUGUGUGCGGUGUGCCAUCGCUUCCCAGAUACAGGCACUGCAGGCGGACGCCGAGAUGCGCGGCGCUAAGAUGACACUGUUUCCGUCCUGCAUCUGUCUGGGGGUGGAGUCCAAGUCGCGCACCGAAAUCCUGUCCACGCUGUGUCUCCUCGACCUCUUCACGCUGGGCGCCCCGUUUGGUUGCUGCUGCUAUCAUGGACUUGGCUCCGCCGUGUACGGGUGGCACCUGCGCUACAUGCUGCGUGCACGGUAUCGCAUCUUUGCGUGGACGUCGAUUGACCUACUCAUCAUGUGCUGCAUCCCUGGUCUUGCGCUAGAUCAGCAGGGGGCGGAGCUGUUGCUCAACGGUACCCCAGAGGCCACCAUAGGACUGAAGUUUAUGGCUUAG